GUUCGUUAUCGUCUUCGAACUCGGUGGAAAUUCGAGAGAGGAGAAAUGGCCGAUCAAAAUCGCGAUGAUAGUUUGUCGGACAAUUCACAGGCCUGUUCAUCUGCUUCAACGAGUCAACCCGUAAAUGAAAAUGAGAUCGCCACAACUCGAUCGAGCAGGUUUCGCGGAGGAACUGGCAGUAGUUUGCAGCUAAAUGAGAAUUUUAUCGGACAGAGGGUAAUGAAUCAGCAACAUCAAGGUAGAACAGCGCAAUCGCAGUCACAUUCUCGGGAUUUCGAGUAUAUUGCUCAGCAGAGAUUAAUGGAGUUCCUGAAUGCAAAUAGAGCGUCUGAACCACAUUUCCGACAAGCUAGUUCUAAUUGUCUUUUUGCGAGCGGUAACAGUGGAUCUCAACAUAAUAAUCAAAUUGGGAUAGCUUACGAUGCUUGGGCCAAUUCGAGCAACUUAAAUCCUGGACCUUCCAACGCGUUCGCUCAUGGGAAUUCAAGUAAUAGACAUGCUAGUGGUGGUUCGAGCCUAUCCCACGGUCAUGGCACAGUUAUGCAGCAAGUGUUUAAUCGAGACUGUAUAAUCCAAACCUCUAUUCAGAGUCCAGAUCCUGUUCUACCUUCGCUGGUGGGAGUUAAUACGAUCCGAAUGAACACGCAUAUUACUCUUAUUCACAGGGAUAUGCAGACACCUUCUGUUCUAGCCGAUAUGCAGACACCUUCUGUUCAUGGGCCAAAUUUACCUAUAGAUGUGAUAGAUCCUUUUGCUGUCCUGACUGAUAUGCAAGGACAUUCUGCCCAUGGGCAACAUGUCCCUGAAGUUAUAUUGAGUGAUCUUCGUACCGGUCCAGCCAAUCCGCAGAUGUAUUUUGUGCCCGGCCAGAAUAUUUCUAGAGCUUCGCCAGUAGUUGUUAGUCCAGACCUGGUCAGCCUGCAAAGACCUCUUCAUGGCCAGAGUUCUUCUGUGGUUGUGCCAAGAGAUAGAAGAAUCCCAACCAAUAUGCAAAGACCUCCUGUUUCCGGGCAGAAUCUUUCUAGAGUUGUGCUGAAAGAAACUGAUAAAACACUGAUUGAUGAGCAGGGAUGCAAUCAUCAAGGGGAGAGUUCUUCUAACACCGUGCCACAAGAUACUAAAAAACGUUCAAUAUAUGUACCGAAACCUUCUGCUCACGGGCAGGGUCUGUUUAAUCCUUUACCAGCAGAUACUAAUGCAUUCGCAAGGGAAUCUGUAGUAAAAUCAUCGAUCGCCACACAAGGACAAACUUCUUCGUCGGGUCAGUCUAUUCCCUUACCAGCAGAUACUAAUGCAUUUGCAAGGGGAUCUGUAGCAAAAUCAUCGAUUGCUGCGCAAGGGGUAACUUUGUUGCCGGGUCAGUUUAUUCCCUUACCAGCAGAUACUAAUGCAUUCGCAAAGGGAUCUGUUGCAAAAUCAUCAAGUGCCAUACAAGCGCAAACUUCUUCGCAGGAAGAUACUAAUGCAUUCGCAAGGGGAUCUAUGGCAAAAUCAUCGAUUGCCACACAAGAGCAAACUGCUUUUAUUCCCUUUGCAGGACGUACUAAUGCAUUUGCAAGGCAAUCUGUAGCAAAAUCAUCGAUCGCCACACAAGGGCUAACUUUUUCGCCCCACUCACCAGGAGGUACAUUCGCAAGGGAAUCUGUAGCAAAAACAUCGCGCGCCACAGAAAGGGAAACUUCUUUGCAGCCUCAGUCGAAGAGAAUUAAGAGUAAUAGUGAAGAUGGCUGGAAUCCUGCAGUUGAACAAAGCACAAAAGUUGAAAGCAGCAUGCGCAAUCAAUCUGGCGCUACUGCCAAGAAUAAGUCAUCGCCGUCCAUCGUCCCCACUCAGCAAGAGCCAAUUCAUCACAUCAGGUCUCAAGAAGGUGCAGAGUUUGCACUGAUUGGAGAAAAAUGCCAGCUCUGCAACAUUGAUGUGGCUUUCAAUCCGACCGGAUCCACAUCGAGCUCUAGUCAUAAUUAUACUAUCCUUCCUAUUUCUGCAAUUUUACCGUGCGGCCAUUGUUAUCAUUACGAUUGCUUGAAAGGCAUCUACGGAUCUCUGGGGAAAGGUGAAGUUCCCCGUGCUUUCGCUGUUCAGAAGAUGUAGCAUCGAGCAAAGACUGAACUCUCCCUGAAGUUCCCCUGCGCUUUCGCUGUUCAGAAGGUGGAUUUGAUCACCGUAUUAAAUAUUCUUUUAUACACAAUUUCAUUCUUUCAUGAGGCAAAUGUACAGAAAAGUUCUGCUGAGACAGAAAAAUGAAACGGCAGAAACAAGUCACAGAAAAGUAAAACAGCAGUUACAAGACUUCUAAGUUGAAAAAUGAGUCAGAAUUGUCGAAAGUAAACUGUCUGAGAUCUUGUAUAGUGAAAAUGCUCAACAAGCCAAGCAUGAAU